GUUUUCCAUGACUCGCCCUCUGCUAUCAGGCAAAUAUUGACGGGUAUAAUACAGUUCUGUACAGAUGUAUUAAUAUUGUCCCCGAUUUUUGUAUAAAUAAGCAAAUAUAAUCCCGAUAAGAAACGCUAGCUGUUGACUCAUCACCACAGGGAUGAGGUUUUAGGUCUGAUGUGUUACGACAUGGUGAAGCUGAGUAAAUGGACAGCCUGUAACGCUGACGCAUGACAAAAAGAUCGCCAUCAGGGUGAAACUGACUUCUGAUCAUGUGUCUGCUGCACCACAAGGCAUUGGAAAUGCUCAAGAGAGAAGAGGAUCUUUGAAACGGAUGUGAGGGCUGAUCAGAGGGAGCUGCAUGUCAUGGAUAUCCACUGCAAUGUGACCUCACUCGAGGCCCAGGCACAGAUUAACUCCACCAUCUUCCACCUGGUUAAGAUGGUCAGCAUGUGCGUGAGCUGCACUUUGAACACUGUACUCGGUUUUCCUUUGCUCCUGGUCAUCACACGCUCCCCGUCCCUCCUCAGACACGCUCGCUUCCUGCUCCUCACACACCUCCUCUUGUGUGUCAACCUCCAGCAGCUCCUCUGGACUAUCCAAACAGUUCUCUUAAAAUCCAGAGAAGGUAUACCAGUGACCCAGUGUCUGAUCUUCUGUGCUGUUAACCAGGCCUGCUCAUUGGUGGACCUCUUCCUGAGCACCGCUCUGGCCGUGGACCGCGUUGUAGCUGUCAAGUGGCCCCUGCACUAUGAACUCUUGAUGUGUGCUCAAAGGAAGAGAGCAACUGUUGCAGCCAUAUGGACCUUAUCAGCUGUACUCAGCAGUGUGGCUCUGGGUCUCAACCUCAACACCAUCCAGGUCAAUUUCACCCUUCCCCGAUGUCGAUCUCUCAUACUUACACCCUGCCUGUCAGGGUCAUCAGCUCUGGUACUUUACUGCCGAGUGGGAGCUGCUGUGGUCGUGCCUCUCUGCUCUCUGACCAUCCUGGCCUGCUUCUGCCUGCUCUGCUGGGACAUGCGUGCGGGACGGCUCUGGACCCAGCGAGCUUGUGUGACCCUGACCCUCCAGGCAGCUCAGACUAUCCUCUUUUCUGUUCCUGUGGUCAUGGACAGCUACCUGAUCCCUGGCUACCUGCACAGUGAUGCUCUCGAUAUAGCAACCACCAUCAUCUACAACCUGGGGGUGUCGCUCAUCCCUCUUAUUUAUGGCUACCGCUCACGGGAGCUGCAGCAAAGGAUUCGACAGGCUGCACACAGGAACAAAGUCAACAACCAAAGCCAGUCAUAAUAAACCUUCGUUUGAGCAGCUGCUAUUUAUAAAACCUAACAUUUCUGACCUUAGUUUCCUGUUCAGCAGUCGCUUUUCCACAUUUAUUGUGUCACUCUUUGCAUUGACUUGAUUGUUUGAAAUGGUAAUGUUGGAUAGCUGAGUCAAUAUGCUGGGGUUAGGUAGCAGCAUCUUCCUGUAAAACAUUAAUUAGCAGCAGUAGAACAAAUAAUGAGAGUUAAAAAAAAAAAAACGGAGUCAAGCUGUUCAAACACUGAUAGCUACUGGAACAACGAUGCUUAAAAUAAUGAAGAAUCAAAGACAGGACAAACUGCUUCCACAUUUUUAUUUUGUACCUUAAAC